AUGGCGAAAGAAACCAAGCAAACGACGUUUGUGAUUAUUGAAGAACAAGAACAGCAAGACAAGCCAACGCAAAGCGAGACGACUUCUGAUACUACGAGUACUGGGACUACCCAUGGCAGUGCAUAUUGGGACAUUCCUCAUAGUCCCGUCACUAACAGUCCUCCUUUGGCAGAUUCCACCACCGGUACCCAUGACAACGCGAAUCCUUAUUGGGAAAUUCCAUUUCCAAUGGAUCAACAAGAAGAACAAGAGAUUGCUUCAGAUAUCUCUGCUACCGGUACUAGUAAUAGUACAGACCCCGCGGGAGAAGGUAUUUUGCAUUCGAUUCGUCAGUACGAUCAACUCCGUCAAGACUUCCCCAAUGACUUUAUCCCCCCAGAAGACGACAAUUCCAACGUAGAACUCUUUGAAAUACCACUCCUACCAGACGACAAUACAGACGAGAUUGCCUUUUGUCAUCUCACGGCCAUCAUUCCGUUUACCACUGGAGACCAAAAACCGUUCCACAUUGCCCUCGAAGAUGCCGCUGUCAUUGCACUUGCCAUUCAAGAUUUGAAUUCCGGCAAUGGCAUUCUCGUCCCUGAGAUACAGGGUCUCAAUGAGCGUUGCAAUGUCCGAUUCACCACAGAAUGGUUAGAUACGGAAUUUCAAGGCGGCGUUGCCUUGGGACACGUCGUGGAGCAAGCCAACAAACAAACACAACCACCCUGUGCCUUUUUGGGAGCCUACAGAUCUGCCGUUUCCAUGCCCAUGGCGAUCGCCACGGGAUUGUUUCAAGUGCCACAAAUCAGUGCGGCCAGUACCAGUGCCAGUCUCGACGAUGCCUCCCAGUAUCCUCUCUUUGGAAGAACCAUUCCCAGUGAUACCGGAAACGCCAUUCCUACCAUCAUUUACAUGCACACUGUGUUGGGUUUGCAACAUGUGGCCAUCAUUAACGUCAACGAUGCUUUCGGGAAUGCCUACGUGGAAGGAAUGCGCCAUGCCGCAGCCAUUCAUGCCCCGCAGCUCAAAAUUCAUCAAGUUCCACUCGACGAAGGACAAGCCGCCAUUUCAGCUGCCGUCGCUUCGGUCAAAGCCAUAGAAUACCAAUACAUUUUUAUGAUUGUCUUUACGGCGGAAACACAUGAUGCCAUUAUGACCGAGGCAUACCAAACAGGCGUCGCCGGAGAUGGACAGCACGUUUGGAUCUAUGCAGAUUCCUUUUUGGGUGUCCUCGAUGGACGCACAUUCGUCAAAGAUGGACCACUCCACAAGAGUUAUAGGGGAUCGGGAAUGGUGGAAAUCGCGGGAGGCUUCCCGGGGAUGCCCAAAUAUGAUAGCUUUGUCCAACAUGUGACCGAAAUGGACAAUCUGGCCGAUUUGCAAACCAUCGGAGCACUCUUUCCCCAACAUGACGAUUGGCCCAUGUACGAUGCCCACACGUAUGUCACGGGCCAGCACGAAUCAUAUCUCAAGGAUGUCACCAGCAUAUUUGCACCCUUCACGUACGAAGCUGUGGUGGGAUUGGGCUUGGCCGCCUGUCAAGCAGUAGAACAAACUGGGACGUUGGCAUUCACCGGACAGCAACAUUUUGAUGCCUUCAAGAAUCUAAGCUUUACUGGAAUCUCAGGACCCGUUGUGUUUGAUCCCGACACGGGAACACGAGAUCCAGCAUCAGCUCUCUACAAGGUGAACAAUUAUCAAGAACAAUUCGAGACCGAUCCCGAGACGGGAGAAGAAGUGGUGCGAUUUUUACCCGUCAACACACACUUGUUUCAAGGUGGGGUGUGGGAACAACGGGCAGAAUACUUGUUCAAUGAUGGGACAUCCAACAUCCCGCCCGAGUUGCCACCGCCGCCGAAACUCGAAACGGGGGGAACCAGCAUAGCGUUGGUAGUCGUGGUUCCAUUGGUGGUCUUGGCCGUGUUGGGCGUCGUCGUCUUUUUGUUUUAUGAAAACAAACGCAAAAACAAUGAUUCCGUCUGGGAGGUUGAUAAGAAGGACAUCAUAUUUGACGAUCCUCCCCAAAUUAUUGGAAGAGGGACGUUUGGGUUGGUGUUGUUGGGGGAGUACCGAGGGACUGCUGUGGCAGUGAAACGUGUCAUCCCACCUCAAUCCAAGGAGGAAUUUACAGGAGGCAGUGAAAGUACACAUGGCCCGGGUAUGCGGUCGAUUAAGGGAUCCAAAGCAGGUGUGGGAAUGGUGUCUGGGGUCAACAGCAACAGGACCAGAAUGUCGUCGUGGUCCGGAAUGUCCAUGUUGGGUAGCAGGAUGCCAGCAAAUGGAAAAGCUCGCAAGGGUUCCUUUGGGUUCCAGCAAAGCGAGGCUGCUCAAUGGAAACAGAUGAAGGCAGAGUUCAUGGAGGAAAUGAGGUACCUGUCAAAGCUGAGGCACCCAUGCAUUACCACUGUCAUGGGCGCAGUCACAAAGGGAGAACCAAUGCUCGUUAUGGAGUACAUGGAUCACGGAUCACUGUAUGACCUACUGCACAACGAAACACUAGCGCUUGAGGGCGAGCUGCUCAUGCCACUUCUACGGGAUAUCACUCAGGGAAUGAGGUUUCUUCACGCCUCUAACCCGCCGGUGAUACACGGUGAUUUGAAGGCUGCCAAUAUCCUCGUGGAUAGCCGUUACAGGGGCAAGGUUGCAGAUUUCGGUCUCAGUCAGAAGGAAAAUAUGGGUGGAACCGGGACGCCUUUUUGGAUGGCCCCAGAAUUGUUGAGGGGGGAGAGUGCCAACACAGUUGCAUCUGAUGUCUACAGUUUUGGGAUAUUACUUUAUGAAGUCUUCUCUCGGCGUGAUCCCUAUGAUGGGGAAGACGCCCAGCAAGUGUUGAAAUUGGUUGCAGACAAAGCUGUUAGAAAGAGGCCGCCAGCUCCUCUGCACAUGCCAGAAUCAAUCAAGGGGCUAAUGAAGGAUUGUCUUGAUGAUGCCCCAGAGAAGCGCCCCACUUGCGAAGAAGUGGACACGCGCUUGAAACGCCUCGAUGCCGAGACAUUGGACGGGGACCAAACCAACAAGAAAGCGGCACAAGUAAGCUUGUUUGACAUCUUUCCGAGGCACAUAGCUGAGGCUUUGCGUGACGGGCGCACGGUCGAAGCAGAGCACAAAGACUCUGUAACGAUAUUCUUCAGUGAUAUCGUAGGGUUUACUAACAUUUCCUCUGAGCUUGAGCCGAGGAAGGUGGCCAGAAUGCUAGACCGAUUGUACACCAAGUUCGAUGCUUUGUCUCAGCAGCAUGACAUUUUCAAGGUGGAGACAAUCGGGGAUGCAUACAUGGCAGUUACUAACCUGGUCAAGGACCAAGAUGAGGAUCAUUGUAAGCGUAUCGCCGACUUUGCGAUAGAAGCCAUUGAAGCAGCAAACGACACCUUGAUCGACGAAGACGAUGAAGAGAAGGGCUGUGUGAACAUUAGAGUUGGUUUCCAUUCUGGACCUGUGGUGGCUGACGUCGUGGGGACUCGCAAUCCAAGAUACUGCCUGUUCGGGGACACUGUCAACACUGCAUCCCGCAUGGAGUCCAACUCCGAGGAGAACCGCAUUCAUUGCUCGCGCGCAGCUGCAAAGCUUCUUCAAACACAGUAUAAAGAUUUAUCGAUGAAAUCUAGAGGCAAAGUGAAGAUCAAGGGAAAGGGAGAAAUGCAUACCUAUUGGGUGAAUGAAGGCGUUAGAGGCAAGCGCCUGACGAUGUCUGUAAAGGAAUCAACAAAGUCGGGUUACUUUCCGAUAUUGUCGGAUCGCGGCAUGACUGCUCUGGCUGAAACAUCGGGCGAACUUAGUUCGGCACUGGGCCCGCUGCUCCAGGAACAUGCUCCUGGCAACAACUCGCUGGAGCUGGAGCCAACACUUUUUGGAGCAGCCGGAGAAGAAGUUUGA